GGCGCGGCAGGCUCAGAAGCUAGGCCCUGAGGUUAGAGGUGACUAAGACGUAUACGGAAAUCAAGUCAUGGAUCCAUCUUCACGUAAAGAAAAGCCCAAAGUUAAGGAGCCUUUCAGCAGAAUCGAGAAGGCCAAGCAGAAAUCAGCCCAGCAGGAGCUGAAGCAGAGACAGAGAGCAGAGAUCUAUGCCCUCAACAGAGUCAUGACAGAACUGGAGCAGCAGCAGUUUGAUGAAUUCUGUAAACAGAUGCAGCCUCCUGGAGAGUGAACCACCCCUGCAUUCACACUAGAUGGGACCCUGGAAGCUUUGUUUAUGAGCGUGUUACCAGUUUAAAGCUGAGAUGGCCCAUUUGGAGCCUUACACAACUAGACAAGAAGAGAUUUGCGUUAUUCCUGAAACUGGAUAAAUCGGAACUUCCUGUAUGUAACUUGCUUCACUAGUUCCUCCAAUCAGAAUUGGCCCAUUGCUUGCUGAAGAGACUUCUUCUAUUCUUCCAAGACAAUACAUUCUUUUUUUUUUUAACUUUUUCUAUUGUUUGAAAAAAAAAAUCAGUGUUUCUUCUGAAACUGUAAACCUUCUCCAAAAAUACAAAUAAAAUACUAAUAAAA